AUGCUGAUUGAUGCAAGAACUUUAACCUUACAACGCCGAACGAAACAAAUGGAACCUAACACACCCAAUUCUAUCGUUUUUCAAGUGCCCAACACGUUAUCGUCACUGAUUGCGUGUAGUUUCAAAUCCAGAACAAUAUUUGGCAAACUGGCAAACUUAAACAACCACAUGCCACCCCGCUUUCGUUCGAGAAACCCGAAAAGACAGCAGGGAAGCCGGAAUCUAAAAAAUGUAGAGCAGAGUGCUCGUGGAACCCCAUCGACUACGUUUCCGUUGGCUGACGGCUGGGGAUCGGAAGACUUCUUACUUCUCAGCGACUUGGUUUGCCGGCACUAG